AUGGCGGCUGAUCAGACUGACGAAGUAAAGAAUCACAGCGGUAUUCCACGGGCAGAUUUCGUGGAAGAUGUGGAUAGUUUCAUGAAGAAAACUGAAAACAAUGAAUCUGCUGAGGCUGUCCUCAAAAGAUUUGAUGAACAGCAUUGCAAAUACAAAUUCAUGGACUAUAAUUUGAAUACUAAAAAAGCCCGGUUGAAGACUCAAAUACCUGAUAUUAAAACCUGUUUAGACAUUGUGAAACAUUUACAAUCUAUAAAAGAUUCUAAAGAAUCUUUUGAAACUCAGUUUUUAUUAUCAGAUUUACUCUAUGCCAAGGCUAAAAUUCCACCAACUGAUAAAGUCUGUCUCUGGUUAGGAGCUAAUGUGAUGCUGGAGUAUUCUCUGAAUGAUGCUCAAGUUUUGCUGGAGAAGAACUUGUCAAUGGCUAAUACCAGUUUAGCACAAGUAGAGGAAGAUUUGGGAUACCUUCGUGAUCAAACUACUACAUUAGAAGUCAAUAUGGCUCGAGUUUACAACUGGGAUGUGAAAAGGCGCCAAAGCAAUAAGGAAGUGAAGACUUAG